AUGAAGUUGGAUUACGUCUUGGCUUUGAGACCAGAGGACUUCUUGGAGAGAAGAUUGCAAACCCAAGUUUUCAAGUUGGGUUUGGCCAGAUCUAUCCACCACGCUAGAGUCUUGAUUUCCCAAAGACACAUUGCUGUUGGUAAGCAAAUCGUCAACAUUCCAUCUUUCAUGGUUAGAUUGGACUCCCAAAAGCACAUUGACUUCGCUCCAAACUCUCCAUACGGUGGUGGCAGAGCUGGUAGAGUUAAGAGAAAGAACCAGGGUAAGGGUGAGGCCGCUGAGGAGGACGAAGAGUAA